UACCGCCCGCCCUUUCGCCGGUUGCCAAAAAUAUAUAUAUACAUUUCUCCUAUUCUACCGCUUCACCCUUUUCUCUUUUCAAAAAUUUUUAAUAUAUACACAGAAUCUCACUCUUGUUGACGCAUUUCUACGUUCACAAGGUGUGUAAUAGAUAUUUUCACCGUUUUCCUGUUAUUGUUGGUCGGCCAUAUUUGGAUUCCGUUUCUCAGAGGUUCCAAUAAUGUCCGACUUAGCUCUCAGAGACGUCAGUAAAAUACCUGAGUCUGAGAGGACGAAUGGAAGUUCUAAUAAUGGAAACCUUAUAAAACCUCGGUUUGAAAGCAUUGGUGCAAAAGCUGAUGAAGGGCGCAAGAAAGGAAUGACCUCACUGGUAGAAACUCCCCUUACGACAAAUGGAACAGAAAGUUCUGGAGCUAUGUUGGCAAAUUCAGAAGUAGAGUACAUUGAGUCUGAGAAUUUGAAGGAUGUCGAGGACUUAGAAACUUGUCUGAAGACACUAUUAUCAGAGCUCGGCUCCAAAGACUGGGUUUCAGUUUGUGAUGCUCUCAACAAUUUACGCAGAUUGUCAAUAUUUCACAGGGAAGACAUUGUUAGCAUGUUGACCGACAUGAUCUCCUUAGUUGUGAAAUCCCUAAAGAAUCCAAGAAGUGCUGUUUGUAAAACUGCAAUUAUGGCUUCUGCUGAUAUAUUCAGAGCAUAUAAUGAUGACAUCAUUGAUUCACUGGAUCCACUGCUUGUACAACUUCUUCUGAAAUCUUCACAAGACAAGAAAUUUGUAUGCGAGGCAGCCGAAAUUGCAUUAAUAGCCCUGACGAGUUCAGUUUCUCCUCUGCUAUUGUUGCCAAAGUUGCAACCUUAUAUCAAGAACAGGAAUCCACGAAUUCGAGCUAAGGCUUCUAUGUGCAUUUCUCGAAGUGUGCCCCGGCUGGGAGUUGAUGGAAUCGAAGCAUUUGGUAUAGACAAACUGAUCCAAAUAGGUGCAUCCCAGCUUAGCGACCAGCUUCCUGAGUCCAGGGAUGCAGCUCGUACGCUGUUGUUGGAGUUGCAAUCUGUAUACGAAAAAUCUCAUGUCCCGGAACCAACUGGUUUAUCCGAGGAACCUUUUAUAGCAUCUUGGGAGCAUUUCUGCCAAUCAAAGCUUUCCCCAUUAAGCGCCCAAGCCGUCCUUCGUGUGACCAACAUUGCUCGGGAGGGACUUGUUUUGGACUCAUAACAUGAUCUUCAGUCUUCACACACAGGCAAUUUAUAUAUUUUUUUGUUUGUUUUCCCUCAAUUCCCUCCUAUCUUGGUCUGUUUCAAGAGUUUAUACUUGUAUAUAUACAAUGACUGUUUGAGAGGCAGUUGAAGCAGCAGGUAUUGACUAUUGAGCUUAUAUAUUCAUUCAUACGGUGUAUUGGAUUGGAUAACACAGACCAUUUACUGCUAUCUGUUUCUGGCAUCCGUCUUUCCUGUUCAAGUUAAUGGACCAUCCAGAUCCA